AUGCCGAGCAGGACAUGGGAAGGCCAAAUCCGGGGCCCAGACUGGGGUCGAUGGUGGGGCGGCGUGGGUCUGGCCUGUGGAAAGGGUCUCUCUGACUCUCUCUGUCUGUAUCGGUUAAUUGUAGUUCUUUCUAGUCGAACUCCUUCCUCAUGUCCACCUCGAUGCUCCCUUAUCACUUUACUUUUCCUCGUUGUCUGUUGGCUUGGAACCUGUUACUAUUGGCCAGCAUCGUCUUUUAUUUGCCAAUUGACCUCGAGAAGCGAAACCUACCACUAUACCGCAAUGGUACGAUUACACAAGCCUCCAAGGAUGGAUACUGGAAUCAUUGGACCCGUCACGGUUAUGGACAGCUUUGUUUCACGAUUUGGCAGCCAAUCAUCAACCAUUCACGGCUUGAUCGUCUCAUCCAUCCUGAUUCCAGCUGCAUUUUCUUCCUUCUUUGCGGGGUAUCUGGCGGACAAAAUGGGUAGGCCUAAGAGUAUCAGCAUCGGUGCUCUUAUCUUUGCAAUUGGGGCAGCUUUGGAAGCGGCUGCUGUGCAUAUUGGGAUGUUUGUUGUGGGACGUUGCAUCGAGGGCAUAGGUGAGGGCUUAUAUCUAGGCACCCUCGUCGUCUACAUCUGCGAGAUCUCUCCGCCAAGGGUUAGAAGAGCGUUGACAACCGGGCCCCCGUUGCUAAUUACUCUGGGGUUGACGAUCGGUUUCUUUACAUGCUACGGUACUUCUCGCAUGAAGUCUUCCUUUUCAUGGCGCACGCCUUUCAUCAUCUUGGCUUGUCUGGCUGCUACAUUCUCCAUGGCUUCACUCCUGUGGUUAACUCCAUCACCGAGAUGGUUGACCCUCCAUGGCCGGAGAUCGGAGGCUACUGCAGUUUGGGACUACCUUGAUACUCAGAGCGUUAAUACUGAGGCUGUCGCGAGUGCUUCGAGCGACAUACAUGCCCCAUCCGUAUACCAACGCCAGGACAGAUCAAUGAAGCACAAGUUUUUCGAUCUGUUUUCAAAAGAUGUACGGACACGCACCGCACCGGCUGUGUUUCUAAUGGGCAUGCAGCAGCUCAGUGGGAUUGAUGGUGUGCUCUAUUAUGCCCCACUGCUCUUCGAGCAAGCAGGACUAGCUUAUUCAGAUGCCAGCUUCUUUGCCUCGGGUGUUUCUGCAAUAGUCAUCUUCGCCGUAACCAUUCCGGCGCUCAUAUGGGCGGACAGGUGGGGCCGACGACACAGCACUAUUUAUGGUGGCAUCGGCCUCGCCGUCACAAUGUUCUUGAUAGGGGGUACGCAGGGAAUGCCGUAUACAACUCAACUGGUGCAGGUCGGUGGGUGGUCAUCGUCUGCAUCUAUAUUUUUGCAGUCAUAUACUCUCUCAGCUGGGCAGUUGGCAUCAAGAUCUACGCAGCAGAGAUACAACCACAAAGGACCCGCGCAUCAGCCACUAGCCUGGCACAUGGCAGCAAUUGGACCGCUAAUUUUCUGGUCGCACUAACGACUCCCAUAUUACUGUCAAAAAGCAGCAGCUUCGGUGCAUACUUUCUCUUUGGUGGAUGUACUCUGAUCACGGCGUGCAUUUGCGCCCUCUUCAUGCCCGAAACAAAAGGACGAUCCUUGGACGAAAUCGAGGAGGCCUUCAAGUCCAAAUCUCUAUCAAGAACACUACUAAAGGCGUUGCGACCUAUUACUCGGACAGCCUAG